AUGCGCCUGGCGACUCGGUUAGCCCAGGCUGCGAAGCCUGCCACUGCAAAGUCUGUCAACGACCACCAAACACUUGAACUGGCCACCUCCCACCCAACGAUCGUAUUCUAUACGGAUCUCGGAGAGCCGCGCCAGUACGAGCACUGCGCCUCUGCAGUCCAAGAAAUCGCUCAGUAUAUCCUAUCCAACAACAUAGACGCUUCGAUCGAAGCUAUCGACCGAGUGGUCGGCGAGAGCUUCACAGUCACAGCAUUACAAGGACCGACGGCGGCAGAGAUAGCGCGUUAUUGGGCGAGCAAGAGACGAACCCUUCUCCGUACGAUCGCGAAUAGGAAGUGGCUGAGCCUUGACUGUGUUAACCUUGGAAAAUCCACCGACGGUCUAAAACCUACUAUCGUCAUCACGGCAUCAGACGCAGACGCAGAUGUGUGGGACCAGAUUAUAGCGAGAAUCAGCGUUCUCUUUGACUACAAGCUGGAGGUAGAGCUCCUGUACGGACCGCGCAGUAGGAUCGAUCUGGCGGAUGCUGUGGGAGAUACCGAAGAGGCGGAGAUGUCGGAUAUUUCAACCGAAGUAGAGGAAGAGGCGGACUUCGCAAGCAAGGAACUGAAGAAACCCAAGGGUAUCGCGAAUGAGUCGGAAGACGAAGAAUUCUGCCGUCCCUCGCAUUUCUCUACCGACAUCUACCCUGGUACAUCUGUAGGAGUGAAGGGAGGCCCAUCAGGAAGCGUCGGUGGAUUCCUGAAGAUCGAAUUCCCUGGACUGCCUACUCCCGCCACCCAAGUCGGUCUAACUAACCUCCACGUACUAUGGGGAGGUGACGAGAAGCCAGUGCAACCGCCUCAUCUGAGGGAAGCUUCUUGCGGCUCGGUCACCGUAGUAGUACCAUCAGAUCGCGACAAGACCCGAUAUCUCCGCGACGCAAGUUCGAAGCAUCAAGCUGUAGAAUCCGAGAGCCAUCGGUCCAAAAGGCAGCAAUGGCGAGAAGAAAGAGAAGAAGAGCGCAAAGAGCGUAAGCGGGUGGAAGAGGCAUCCAACGUUGCAGGAACAACAUGGGCAAGCUCAGCAAAAACCUCUCGUCCUCAUCCCAGGUACACAGCGAAGCAGCAUGAGAAUUGGACGGAACAAAGCCGCAGUACCAACGAUACAACCGAGGGCCCAGCCCUGGAGUGGGACAUUGACUGGUCGCUAUUCUCGAUAGACGCACCUCGCUUGGCGGUAUCAAAGACUCCGCGUUCAACUGAUCACCGGCACUCUGCAUCAGAUUCGGAGAUAUCCGAAUGGGGUUCGAUACAAGAAGAUAGAAGCUAUGAGGUCGUCAAGAUCGGUAGGACUUCAGGGUGGACAAGGGGAGUCGUCAACCGUGCAAUGUCCAUACUCAACACCAGCGUACAUGCAUUUAAGGAAGUCGACAACACAGGUGGGAAGACCGACACCUUCAAACCGGUACUCUGCCACUCCAUAGCGUGCAUUGUUGGCCUCGCUAUAGGGGGUAACAAAACAACAAACAUCGGUUACAUGGCACCGAUUGACCUGAUAUUGAUGGACAUUGAGGAAAAGGUGCAAGGAAAGGUAGUAUAUCCAGUGUCGGUGGGUAUUAAAUUGGGAGCGGACAUGGACUCUUGA